AUCCUAUUACUGUCCUUCAUAGCUUUCUAUUCUAUUAAUAACAAACAAGCCUACAAUGACAUUCUUGCCCAAUACACUUCCCACCCACUUUCUUUCUUUCCCACCCCUUUUACUCUGCCUCAUCAUCCUUGCAUUGCCCACUUUUUUUUAUUAUGCUGCUUUUGCUUCUUCCUUAACUGGAAAACAACCAACUGAAGCCACGGCUCUCUUGACGUGGAAAGCUAGCCUUCACAACCAAACACAAACUCUCCUGUCCUCCUGGGUUGGAAGCAACCAUUGCACUUGGCUUGGAAUUCGUUGCAACAAGGCCGGUAGAGUUGCCCAUAUAGACCUUCACAGUUAUGGUUUGAAAGGUACUCUUUCUAAUCUUAAUUUCUCAUCCUUUCCUCAUCUCCUCGAACUUCGACUUUUUAACAACUCACUUUAUGGGACCAUCCCCCCUCAUAUUGGUAGCCUUUGGAGACUCACCUACCUUGUCUUGGCUUUUAACGAUCUCUCUGGAACAAUUCCGACCGAAAUAGGCCAACUAAUUAAUCUAAGGUUCUUGUACAUGAAUAGAAACCAAAUCGGUGGCUCCGUCCCUCAACAAAUAGGAUUCCUCAACUCUCUCAAUGAGCUCAGCUUGUCUAUUAACAAUCUCACAGGUUCAAUCCCUUCUUCAAUUGGAAACUUGGGCAACUUAACCAUUCUGUACCUUUAUGAUAACCAACUUUCCGGAUCACUCCCUCAAGAAAUUGGGAUGCUGAGGUCUCUCGUUAAUCUCGCACUCUCAACGAACAAACUCACUGGAUCAAUCCCUGGAUCUAUAGGAAACUUAGGCAUGUUAACCACUUUGCACCUUGCUGGAAAUAUGCUUUCAGGGCUCAUUCCUUCGACAAUUGGAAACUUGACAAAGUUGAGUAUAUUAGAUUUAAGUAUAAAUACAUUAUCAGGCUCCAUUCCUUCAGAGAUAGGAUAUUUAAAACAACUCGGUUAUUUGUUAUUCAUUGAUAACCAACUCACUGGCUCUAUUCCUCUAAGAUUGAACAAUCUUACACAUUUGAAAUGGUUUCAGAUAGGUUACAACAAGCUCGUUGGUCAUUUACCAGAAAACAUAUGCUUUAGUGGAUUACUUACAGAAUUAAGUGCAGAUGACAACAAUCUCACGGGUCCUAUCCCAAAAAGCUUGAAAAAUUGCCAUAGCCUAUAUCGAGUCAGGCUUGAUGGAAACCAACUGUCGGGCAAUAUAUCAGAAGAUUUUGGCGUAUACCCAAGCUUGGAUUACAUUGAUUUGAGUCAUAACAAUUUUUAUGGUGAGCUAUCUAAAAACUGGGGAAAAUGCCACAAUUUAACUAGUCUCAAAAUGUCCAACAAUAAAAUUUCUGGUAAGAUACCAUCUGAGUUAGUAGGGGCAACUCAACUAUCCAUUCUUGAUCUCUCUUCAAAUCAUCUAGUUGGAGAGAUCCCAUUGACAUUGGGAAAGUUGGUUUCACUAUACAACCUUAAGCUGGAUGAUAACUAUCUAUUAGGCAAUAUUCCUCCAGAAUUAAGUAAGUUGUCCAAUUUAGAGCACCUUAACUUGGCAGCAAAUGAUCUAAGUGGCUCAAUCCCUAGAGAACUUGGAGACUACUUAAAACUAUUGGACUUAAAUUUGAGCAAUAAUAGAUUUGGGGAAAGCAUUCCUAUUGAAAUAGGCCAGAUUAACACUCUUCAAAGUCUUGAUCUUGGUAAUAACUUGCUAAUUGGUAAGAUACCACAACAGAUUGGAGAAUUGCGAAGCUUAGAAAGGUUGAAUCUCUCCCACAAUGAGUUCUUUGGUUUUAUACCAUCUUCUUUCAAUAAAAUGGUAAGUCUUACUUCCAUUGAUGUGUCAUAUAAUCAGUUAGAGGGUCCUCUUCCUGACAUCAAGGCCUUCCAAGAGGCUCCAUUCGAGGCACUCAAAGGUAAUAAAGGUUUAUGUGGUAAUGCUACAGGUCUUAAGGCUUGCUUGACAAAAUUGAACAAUGUGGAUGUUGAAAAAAAGGGCAAGAAAGUUACGUUACUGACUGUACUUCUUGUUUUUGGAAUUUUGUUUCUUUUGCUAAUGGUUCUUGGAAUUUUCAUGGCUUUUCAUAAGAAAGUGAGGAACACAAAAAAUGAGCCAUCACGAGUAAACCAUGAUAAUGUUUUUGCAAUAUGGAGCUAUGAUGGAAAAAUGGUCUAUGAAAACAUCAUUGAAGUCACUGAGAACUUUAGUGCCAAAUAUUGUGUUGGAGAGGGAGGAUAUGGUACUAUUUAUAGAGCUGACCUGCCAAAUGGUCAAGCAGUUGCUGUGAAGAAACUUCAUGCAACACUUGAUGAUGACUCGGCUAAUCUAAAAGGGUUUACAAGUGAGAUCAGUGCAUUAACUGAGAUUCGACAUCACAACAUUGUAAAGCUGUAUGGCUAUUGUUCACACCCAAGGCACUCGUUUUUGGUUUAUGAGUUCUUGGAAGGGGGAAGCUUGGGAAAGGUACUAAGCACGGACAAUGAUAUAGUAGUCUUUGAUUGGAUUAAGAGAGUGAACACUGUUAAAGGUGUGGCAAAUGCUCUAUCUUAUAUGCACCAUGAUUGUUUUCAACCAAUCAUCCAUCGAGAUAUAUCAAGCAAGAAUGUUUUGUUUGAUUUGGAGUAUGUGGCUCACAUCUCUGAUUUUGGCACAGCUAGAUUUAUGAAUCUCAAGUCAUCCAAUUGGACGUCAUUUGCUGGAACCUUUGGUUAUGCUGCUCCUGAACUUGCUUAUACAAUGGAAGUAAAUGAGAAGUGCGAUGUUUAUAGUUUUGGGGUGCUAGCACUGGAAGUGAUUAUGGGGAAGCAUCCGGGUGAUCUAAUCUCCUCUUUAUCAUCAUCUUCAUCCUCAUCAUCAACAUCAACUGCGCAAGGGAUAUUUUUGAAGGACGUCUUGGACCAACGCCUCCUACCUCCGAGGAAUCAAGUGGCAGAGCAAAUAGUUGUUGUUGCGAAACUAGCAUUUGCAUGUUUACACACCACUUCACUAUCUCGGCCAACCAUGCAACAAGUUGCUACGAUACUAUCAAAGCAAAGGCCAACACUACAAAAUCAAUUCUACACGAUUACAUUAGGACAACUCUUUGACAUCAACUGCUCGAGCUCUUGAGUAUUUAUUUUCCUUUUUAUUCUUGGAUUGCAUGAUGUUCUUGCUUUCAGUUGUCUUCUUAUACCAUUCAAUUUCACCCUGUUUCCAGUCUAUUUUGCUACUCUGUUCUACUAAUUACCAUUUUACAAACUUUUAUAUGCGUAAUUUAAAAGUAUCAAUCCUCUAUAAUUUCCAUCACAGUUAGAGAUACAAUAAUGUGUCUUGAAUUUUGCAGUAGCUCACUUGUUGUAUUACAUAUAUUUAUCUUGGCUCUCGAUCAACAAGUAGGCUCUGUGAUCAGCGUAAUCCAACCAUGAAUAAUAGACACACUCAAGCUCUGGCCAUCUUGCAUGCUAUCAACAUGUACGACAUUGUAUAAUAUCCUGUCUUCUUGAUUUUUGUAUUUCCAGGUAGCUGGUGAACAAGAUUUUCCAUGGGAACUUGGCUACACUAUUAUUGGACAUCUACGACUUUAGUCCUGAGUUCCAAAAGCCAAGAGAACCAAGCUUGUUUUUCGAGAAAUGCAAGGAUUCAACUGAGUCUUCGUUGGGCAUCUCAACCAGAGGGCAAUCAUCUAAGUUUUGGGUGGGUGGGUUUGUUUGUCUUGUUUUAUGUGUUUUGUUUUGAUUUCACUUCUAGCAAGGUAGUGGUCUGGUGUGGUGUGUUGCUUGCAUUUUUUAGGAUUCUGCCUCCUAUACUAGACUUAGGUGGUGUUUUUCUUACGAUCUCUUUAUUCCUAUGGUUCACUUGUGAUUGCUUUGUAUAUCAAAUGAAGUUCAUGAAUCA